CUUCUAUAGGGCUAGGGGCACCGGCGGACUCUCCCAACAACGAUUCUCCGCCAAAUUUUUAUUGUGCAGCCGCUCUCCGAACGCCAACAUUAUCAUUAUUGUGUCGAACCCAAUCCAGCAAUAAUUCUGCCCCCAGCUGUUCGGAAUUCUGGCACCACCACGGUCUCACGCUUCAUUCAGCAGGUUGACAAGUUGUCCAUUGCACUUUCUUGAUAUCUACAUUUCUCCUCUGACACUUUGUACCUUCACAACUUCAUACAUUCCCCCUUCAAAGCGUUGACUCGCCCUAAAUCUCCCUCUGUUUACCCCUCACCGCCGCAGCCAUGUCAGCAAAAUCCAUCCUCGAGGCUGAUGGAAAGGCUAUCCUCAACUACCACCUUACGCGCGCUCCAGUCGUAAAGCCAACUCCUCUGAAAGCGUCUGGCGUCCACAACCCUCCUGCAAAACUAGCUUCUCUCUACUUCCCUGAAGACGAAUCGGUACAAACAGUUUUGGAUCAAGCUGAGGCCACCUAUCCAUGGCUGCUUGCCCAGGGCGCCAAAUUCGUCGCAAAACCAGAUCAACUGAUCAAGAGAAGAGGAAAGAGUGGCCUGCUGGCCCUGAACAAGACAUGGCCAGAGGCUAGAGCGUGGAUUGAGGCCAGAGCUGGCAAGGAACAGAAGGUCGAGACCGUUACUGGCUACCUCAGACAAUUCCUGGUCGAGCCAUUUGUUCCUCAUCCUCAAGACACCGAAUACUACAUCAACGUCAACUCUGUCAGAGAUGGUGACUGGAUUCUCUUUACACACGAAGGUGGUGUUGACGUUGGUGAUGUCGACGCAAAGGCCGAGAAGAUCCUCAUUCCAGUCGACCUGAAGAACUUCCCUUCAAACCAAGAGUUGGCCUCCUCACUCCUCCAGAAAGUCCCCAAGGGCGUUCACAACGUCCUGCUCGACUUCAUAGUCCGACUCUACUCCGUCUACGUAGACUGCCAAUUCACCUACCUUGAAAUCAACCCCUUGGUUGUCAUUCCCAAUGAUGCGGGCACGUCGGCCGAAGUCCACUUCCUCGAUCUUGCUGCCAAACUCGACCAAACAGCUGAUUUUGAAUGCGGGACAAAAUGGGCCAUUGCACGGAGCCCGGCUGCUCUUGGUAUGCCCGGAACCAAGACCGAUGGAAAAGUCACCAUCGACGUUGGUCCGCCAAUGGAGUUCCCCGCACCCUUCGGUCGCGAACUCACCAAGGAAGAGAAGUACAUCGCGGACAUGGAUGCGAAGACCGGUGCCUCCCUCAAGCUCACGGUUUUGAACUCCCAAGGGCGCAUUUGGACUUUGGUUGCUGGUGGUGGUGCCUCGGUCGUCUACGCUGACGCUAUUGCCUCCGCCGGUUUUGUCAGCGAGCUGGCCAACUAUGGUGAAUAUUCAGGCGCCCCGAGUGAGACGCAAACUUACAAUUACGCCCGAACGGUUCUUGAUCUGAUGCUUCGAGCACCAAUGCACCCCGACGGCAAAGUCUUGUUCAUUGGUGGCGGUAUCGCUAACUUUACCAAUGUUGCUUCAACAUUCAAGGGCGUCAUUCGCGCCUUAAGAGAGGUUGCUCCCGUGCUCAACGAGCACAAGGUUCAAAUCUGGGUCCGUCGUGCUGGCCCCAAUUAUCAAGAAGGUCUCAAGAACAUCAAGGCCGUGGGUGAAGAGCUCAAACUUAACAUGCAUGUGUACGGUCCUGAGAUGCACGUCAGUGGUAUUGUGCCACUGGCUUUGCUCGGCAAGAAGUCCACCAUUCCUGAAUUCGGCGGUCAGUAAAUGAUCGUGGGGGCAUUAUUGUAUGGUUUGAUCUACAGUAUUCACUGUCAAGCAAUUUUGAUAGGUUGGCACGCACCUGGGCAAUCGGAAAAAGGGGGCUAGGUGUUCUUUGCGGAUUUGGCCUGAUGACUGCGAAGGGAGCAUUCUGUGUGUGAUGUACAACGAGUGACAGCCUUCCCUGUUGGGUCGGAUUGAACUCGAGACAGACGAGCGUAAAUAUCCAAGUUUAGAGCCCCAUGGUAAUGACAAAUUCACGCAAUCAGAAAAUGGGCUCAGAACAUGCUUGGUCUAACCUU